CGCGGAAUAGAAUGAACUGUAACAAAACAAGCCGAGCCUUUGUAUCUGCUUAAAGGGGACGCAGGCACUUCCCUCCUGUCCCUCUCCCCCGCCCCUCCCGCCCCCCCCCCCCCGGCCGCGCUCCGCAACCGCGUAUCCAGGGAUCCCAGCAAGUGGCUGGAAGGGCUUCCCUAACCCUCAGUAACAGCCCGCCAGCGAGGAAAGGCGAGCCAGGCGGGAGGCAAAGAGGAGACACCGCAUUUCUAAGAGGCAAGAAAGAAAGGAAGGAAGGAAAAAAAUAACCCAAGCGGCGCAGAGUGGACUCUGGUCCCGGAGAGCACGGUCAGGCGCCGGAACGUGGACCUAGAGGCACCGGAAUGCAAACAAAGCUCGCGGGCGCCUGUGCAGGGCUCGCGGGGAAGCCCAGAAAGUUUGUUUUAUGAUGGCUUGAGUGCGCGAGUGUGUGCAGGGAGCGAAUCUGCCAAGUUUCUCUCUCCCGUUGCGUUAUUUGGGGGGAGAUGUCUCUCCCUUGAAGCAGCGUGGGCUUGGGGGCUUGUGCUGUGGAAGGCACCUGUCUCUCAUUUUAUUUUUAUUUUUUUUUUGGGGGGGAGGAGGGGCGUAAGUAAUCAUGUCGAAAGUGAUCCAGAAAAAGAACCACUGGACUAGCAGGAUUCACGAAUGCACCGUGAAGCGGGGACCCCAGGGCGAGCUGGGGGUGACGGUGCUGGGGGGCGCGGAGAACGGAGAGUUUCCGUAUGUCGGAGCGGUGGCGGCGGCCGAGGCGGCGGGGCUUCCCGGCGGCGGCCAGGGCCCUCGGCUGGGCGAGGGGGAGCUGCUUCUGGAGGUGCAGGGGAUCCGGGUGUCCGGUUUACCCCGCUAUGACGUACUGGGAGUUAUCGACAGCUGCAAGGAGGCCGUCACCUUCAAAGCCGUCAGACAAGGAGGAAAGCUGAGCAAGGACCUGCGACAUUUUCUCAAUCAGCGGUUCCAGAAAGGGUCGCCUGAUCAUGAGCUCCAGCAGACCAUAAGAGAUAACCUUUACCGCCAUGCUGUGCCUUGCACAACCCGGUCUCCCAGAGAAGGAGAGGUGCCUGGCGUGGACUAUAACUUUCUGACUGUGAAGGAGUUCUCGGACCUCGAGCAGAGCGGGACUCUUCUAGAAGUCGGCACCUAUGAAGGAAACUAUUAUGGGACACCCAAACCUCCUAGCCAGCCACUCAGUGGGAAAGUGAUCACGACGGAUGCCUUGCAAAGCCUUCAUUCUGGCUCCAAGCAGUCAACCCCAAAGCGAACCAAGUCCUACAAUGAUAUGCAAAAUGCUGGCAUAGUCCACGCGGAGAAUGAGGAAGAGGAUGAUGUUCCUGAAAUGAACAGUAGCUUUACAGCCGAUUCUGGUGACCAAGAAGAGCACAGUCUUCAAGAAGCAACGCUCCCGCCUGUGAAUAGUAGCAUCAUCGCCGCUCCCAUCACGGACCCUUCUCAGAAGUUCCCUCAAUACCUACCUCUUUCUGCAGAGGAUAAUUUAGGUCCUCUACCUGAAAACUGGGAGAUGGCCUAUACCGAAAACGGAGAAGUCUAUUUUAUAGACCAUAACACAAAAACAACAUCUUGGUUAGACCCUCGGUGCCUGAACAAGCAGCAGAAGCCUCUGGAAGAGUGUGAAGAUGAUGAAGAAGGGAUCCAUACGGAGGAGCUGGACAGUGAACUAGAACUGCCUGCUGGUUGGGAAAAGAUUGAUGACCCUGUCUAUGGUAUCUACUAUGUAGACCACAUCAACAGGAAGACACAAUAUGAGAACCCGGUUCUAGAAGCCAAACGGAAGAAGCAGCUGGAGCAACGGCAGCAGCAGCAGCAGCAGCCAGAAGAAUGGACAGAAGAUCAUUCAUCGCUUGUGCCUCCUAUUAUUCCAAACCACCCCCCAAGCAAUCCGGAGCAGGCCAGAGAAGCUCCACUUCAGGGCAAACCCUUUUUUACGCGAAACCCUUCAGAGUUGAAAGGCAAAUUCAUUCACACGAAGCUGCGGAAAAGCAGUCGUGGCUUUGGCUUCACGGUCGUUGGAGGGGAUGAGCCUGACGAGUUUCUGCAGAUCAAGAGCUUGGUCCUAGAUGGUCCCGCCGCGUUGGACGGCAAGAUGGAAACAGGAGAUGUGAUUGUGAGUGUGAAUGACACCUGUGUUUUGGGACACACGCAUGCACAAGUUGUGAAAAUCUUCCAGUCCAUUCCCAUCGGUGCCAGCGUGGACCUUGAACUCUGCCGAGGUUAUCCAUUGCCUUUUGACCCAGAUGACCCCAACACGAGUUUAGUGACCUCUGUGGCCAUUUUGGAUAAAGAACCAAUUAUUGUGAAUGGGCAAGAGACCUAUGACUCGCCAGCUAGUCACAGUAGUAAAACAGGCAAAGUCAAUGGCAUGAAGGACGCCAGGCCAAGCAGCCCUGCAGAUGUGGCUUCAAACGGUUCCCAUGGUUACCCCAAUGACACUGUCUCUUUGGCUUCCUCCAUAGCCACUCAGCCAGAACUCAUAACUGUUCAUAUAGUCAAAGGGCCAAUGGGCUUUGGUUUUACUAUUGCGGACAGUCCUGGGGGUGGCGGCCAAAGAGUGAAACAGAUUGUCGACAGUCCAAGGUGCCGAGGCCUGAAGGAAGGGGAUCUUAUAGUGGAAGUUAAUAAGAAGAACGUGCAGGCUCUGACUCACAACCAAGUUGUGGACAUGCUGAUCGAAUGUCCAAAGGGAAGUGAGGUCACAUUGUUAGUGCAACGAGGAGGGCUGCCAGUUCCCAAGAAGAGCCCAAAGUCGCAACCACUGGAAAGAAAAGACAGCCAGAAUAGCUCCCAGCACAGCGCUGCCAGCCACCGAAGCCUGCACACAGCCUCUCCCAGCCACGGCACACAGGUGCUACCCGAGUUCCCACCCGCCGAGGCCCCGGCUCCAGAUCAGACUGACAGCUCUGGGCAGAAAAAACCAGAUCCUUUUAAAAUCUGGGCCCAGUCCAGGAGCAUGUAUGAAAACCGACUUCCAGAUUAUCAAGAACAGGACAUCUUCCUCUGGAGAAAAGAGACUGGAUUUGGAUUUAGGAUUCUGGGUGGCAAUGAACCAGGGGAACCUAUUUAUAUCGGUCACAUCGUACCACUGGGUGCUGCUGAUACAGACGGCCGCCUGAGAUCUGGGGAUGAAUUAAUCUGUGUGGAUGGGACACCAGUCAUUGGCAAAUCACACCAGCUUGUGGUCCAGCUUAUGCAACAAGCCGCCAAGCAAGGCCACGUCAAUCUCACAGUGCGGCGUAAAGUGGUGUUUGCAGCCUCCAAAACAGAGAACGAGGUGCCCUCGCCAGCCUCCUCCCAUCACAGUAGCAACCAGCCGGCCUCACUGACCGAGGAGAAGCGCACCCCGCAGGGCAGCCAGAACUCCCUGAACACAGUGAGCUCCGGCAGCGGCAGCACCAGCGGCAUUGGCAGCGGCGGCGGCGGCGGCAGCGGCGUGGUGAGCACCGUGGCCCAGCCCUACGACGUGGAGAUCCGGCGCGGGGAGAACGAGGGCUUCGGCUUUGUCAUUGUGUCGUCGGUGAGCAGGCCUGAGGCAGGGACGACAUUCGCAGGCAAUGCAUGUGUGGCCAUGCCUCACAAAAUAGGUCGGAUUAUUGAGGGGAGCCCUGCUGACCGAUGUGGCAAGCUGAAAGUAGGAGACCGGAUCUUGGCGGUAAAUGGAUGUUCCAUCACCAACAAGUCCCAUUCCGACAUUGUCAACCUCAUCAAGGAAGCGGGAAACACAGUUACCCUCCGCAUCAUUCCCGGGGAUGAGUCUUCGAAUGCCACUUUGCUGACCAAUGCGGAGAAGAUUGCCACCAUCACCACCACACACACCCCUUCGCAGCAAGGGGCCCAGGAGACCAGGAAUACCGCCAAACCAAAGCCGGAAUCUCAGUUUGAGUUCAAAGCACCCCAGGUAACACAGGAGCAAGAUUUUUACACCGUGGAACUGGAAAGAGGUGCCAAGGGAUUUGGCUUUAGUCUUCGAGGGGGCCGAGAGUAUAACAUGGACCUCUAUGUUCUGCGCUUAGCAGAGGAUGGUCCUGCAGAAAGGUGUGGAAAGAUGAGGGUUGGUGAUGAAAUUUUAGAGAUCAAUGGCGAGACCACCAAAAACAUGAAGCAUUCUCGGGCUAUUGAACUGAUUAAGAAUGGUGGCCGCAGAGUGCGUCUGUUUCUGAAGCGGGGAGACGGCUCCGUACCAGAAUAUGACCCCAGCAGCGACGGGAACGGCCCUCCCACCGGUCCACAAGGUGUUCCGGAAAUGAGGGCCGCGCCCCCCGACCGCCGACAGCAUCCAUCAUUGGAGUCCAGUUAUCCACCCGAUCUUCACAAAUCAUCACCACAUGGGGAAAAGCGGGCACACGUGAGAGAUCCCAAAGGCAGCAGAGAGUAUAGCAGACAACCCAAUGAACAUCACACAUGGAACGGAACUUCGAGAAAACCCGACAGUGGGGCUUGCCGACCCAAGGACCGGGCACCCGAGGGACGAAGAGAUGCCCAACCCGAGCGGAUGGUGACCAAUGGCCCCAAGAGGAGGCCCCCGGAGAAGCGGAAGGAAGGCACGAGGAGCGCUGACAACACUUUGGAGAGGAGGGAGAAGCAGGAGAAGAGGAGGGAGGUUUCCCCCGAGAGGAGGCGAGAGCGGUCCCCAACCCGCCGGAGGGACGGCUCCCCCGGCCGGCGGCGGAGGUCUCUCGAGAGACUCUUGGAUCAGAGGAGAUCUCCCGAGCGCAAGAGAGGAAGCUCGCCCGAAAGGAGAGCCAAAUCCACAGACCGGCGGCGGACCAGGUCCCCCGAGCGGAGGAGAGAGCGGUCCCUGGAGAAAAGGAGCAAAGAGGACAAAGGCGGCCACCGAGAGAGAGACGAGACGAGUCUGAAACAGGAUGCCGGCCGAAGUUCCAGACAUCCCCCGGAGCAGAGAAGGCGACCUUACAAAGAAUGUAGCACCGACCUCAGUAUCUGAGACCCUGAAUCACAUUCCAGCCUUUACCGUGUCAAAGGUUCUAAGAGGAAGCUCACAGGCCUGAAAUCAUUUAGUUUCUUACCCAGUGAAGCGUCUGACGUCAGCCUGAUGAUUCUCUGACUUGCGACAAACAUUUGAUGCAUUUGAAAUCUCAUAAGAAAAAAAUAUAUAUAUAUGAAAAGUGUUGUGCCUGAUGUAUCAUAUUAAAGAAAGUAUUUUUAAAUGCAUACUUUUUUGGAAAUUAUUUGCCAAAUGCUGCCCCCAAGGGAUAUAAAUUUUGUUUCUACAUAAACUGUAGAAUUGUCAAGAAUUGUUCCCUUUCGGGGGGAGCGAUCUUUUUCUCUCCGGGUAAAAUGGGGCUGUUGAUCAUUUUCUCUAAGUAAGGAAAAUCAUUGAUCAAGUUUAAUUAAUUUGAUAGAGACUUAUGUAGUGAUGUAGUGCUAUACUGUAGUUAGGAGUUUUUCUUGACAAAAAGAAAAGAGCAAAAAGGCAAAAAUUAUAUUUGUAAAAGCUGAGGACUCUUUGGAAUGGAUUAGGAUUGCCGAUGAUCCUAAAAUUAAGCAAACUGUAUGAAGAGACUACUAUCGCAAAUGAAGGAUAUUUAUAGUUAAGCGACACAGCACAAAGAAAUGUUUUGUUCUCAAGUUAUAGUUGGUUCAGAAAACAGUUCGUGCUCUCCCUGGCCGUAGAAAGGUGCCAAGAGGAGAAGGUUGGCCGCCGUGACCCAAAUGCAGCCCAAGCACAGAUGCUCAGGUUCGCUAGCAUCACCAAGAUCUAAUAAGAUUUCAUUAAGGCAGUGCCAUCACAGCUUUGCUCAGCUACUAGAAGGAAUGGAUAACAAACACCUUCUGUGUUGUCUUGCCUGAUUUGAGGCCGAAUAGGAGAUGGAAUGGGGGACAGUGUGCCCGGCGUGAGGAGUCCUAAGACUUGCCAGUACAGAAAGUAUGUUCCCCCCUUUUAGCGUAAGCCCGCGGUUGCCCUUUGUCAAACUGGGGAGAAGGGAGUAAGCCUUGUUGGAAGGAACCUCUCUGUUAAUGUUUAAAAGAAAUGAGGGUUGGGCAUGCUCAUUCUUAGAAAUGCCAGUUUUCCUUUGGAACCAUAAUGAAAGUCUCCAGGAUGAUUGAAAGGGAGAGAAGGAUGCGAUUUCAGUGGUUCUAGAUCUAGCUGGCAAACCUCUGCCCUUAUGACCCUGUUCUUUGAGUCUUUUGACAGAGCAAAACAUAGUGAUUUUUCUUUGAUAAAAGACCCAAUCUUGUGCUAUCUCACAGGAGGUUUGGUUGGGUCGGCUGUAGCCCCAGGAUGCGGUUGAAAUGGAUUACUGCCUAGCUGAGCCAAAACCUUUGCUUGUACCUGUUGGACCACUGCAGCAAACCGCUGCUUACGAUGCAUUGCGUAUUUCCAUAGUACUGUUUUGCAUUUUCCAUACAGACACAAAACUUUGCAAGUCAAUCACUGUUGUUCUCAUGGUACUGUUUAAAAAAAAAGGAAAAAGAAAAAAAAUGGAGAAAACCAGCCAAUUACCAUGUGUACAGAGUUAAAAAUUGUAAUUAAUAGAGCCUGUUUUAAA